CAUAGAAAAAAGACCUUUCAAUCAGUAUAAAUUCUGCUUCUUGGAACCUAGUUUCGUUAACUUAUACAAAACAUCACACGUUAACGAGACUUGAAUACUAAUAAAUAGCUGGGCUUAAUGCAGAGAAUCAGAGCUACCAAGAUCUUCCCUUACCUUUUGACCAACUCUAAAAGCUUCACAACAACAGCAUCUUCUCGUAUAAUUCCGCCACUUCCAAAGAGAUCUUUUAUUGGACCAUUUUCCACAGGUAUAUGUAUAUAUCCUAAAAAUAAACUAUCAUUCUUGAUUCAAUCCAAGUCGGCUUCCACAAAUUCCUUAGCUUUUGCAAAAGAAACCAUGUCAGAAAUUCAAGUUGAAUUACUUAACGCAGCUGAGGAUUUACAUGGCGGAGUUCGUAUUGAGUUGAAAGAACCUAUGGAUUCCCAGGAAUUUUCUGCUCGGCUUAGUGCUUCUUUAUCACAAUGGAGGCUGCAAGACAAGAAAGGUGUUUGGAUCAAACUGCCUAUUGAGCUAUCUAUUCUUGUUGAAGUUGCUGUGAAGGAAGGAUUUAAAUACCAUCAUGCUGAACCAGAUUACUUAAUGUUAGUCAAAUGGAUUCCUGAAACUGUUGAUACUCUGCCAGCAAAUGCUUCUCAUCGACUUGGAAUUGGUGCUUUUGUUAUGAACGAUAAUAGAGAGGUGCUUGUAGUUCAGGAAAGAAACGGCAAGUUUAAAGGUUCAGGGCUUUGGAAGUACCCUACUGGUGUUGUUAAUGAAGGUGAGGAUAUUUGUGACGCCGCAAUUAGAGAAGUGAAAGAAGAGACAGGAGUUGACACGGAAUUUGUGGAAGUUUUAGCAUUUAGGCAAAGCCACAAGUCAUUCUUCAACAAGUCGGAUAUGUUCUUUGUUUGCAUGUUAAAACCUCAAUCCUAUGAGAUUCAGAAGCAGAUUGUAGAAAUUGAUGAUGCCAAGUGGAUGCCAGUUGCAGAGUAUGCAGCCCAACCAUUUAUCCGAAACCAUGAGCUCUUCAGUUUAGUUUCAAAAAUAUGCUUGGCAAAGACAGAUACCGAUUACAGCGGCUUCUGUCCACAGGCUACAACUACAGCUUCUGGCAAAACAACCUAUUUGUACUUUAACCACCAGUAUCUCGACAACAUACUUCGUUCGGGUAUUUCACACUCCAACUAAUGAUUUACUGUACAGAUCUCAGUAUAGGAUAACUAUACCACAAUGGUCUAUACGUCUCCCACAGUUUAUUCAAGAAUGCAGAAAUAACAGAAUAAAUCCUCAUGUUUACUUUAUUCAUAAGAUAUAUAGAUAUGUAUUUUUUCAGUUAUGUCCAGUAUUCCAUGUGUACUUUGUGAAAAAAUGCCAAAUACAUUCAGUUGUACUAAAGUCUUGACUCUGAUCUCAUAUCUUGUAAUAAGUGUUGGGAGUCAAGGGUCGUGUCCUAAACCAGUUUGUUCUCUUCAGUUCAAAGUAAUUUAAAUAGGGUAUAAGUUUUUUUUUCUCUUUUGUGCGAUCCAUAUGAGGAAAUAAAUGAAUUGGCAUUCUAAGUUUGUAAUUCAAAUGCUGAAGUUGUAGUAAUUAUUAUUAUUAUUUUAUUAUUA